UCGAAUUUCAUUUCAAUUUGAUUUUGGUUUGGAUUCCAAUUCGGUUUGAAUUUCGAGCGCGUGUUUCUCGUGGUAGUUUUGCAGUUUUGUGCAUUUUCUUAUGUGCAAUUAGUGCCCUGAUGUGCAAGAUGGUGGAUAAAUGGAACAAUGAAGUGAAUGUAAUUCAAAUUGCUUAGGUGAUGGACGGCGCGGACGGCGGGCCGCCUGCCGCUCCGUCUCUCGGAGACGGGCUGUCCAAGGCGGCCGAGCUGACCGCAGAUGUCAACCAGAACGUGGUGGGCGAGCUGCGGCGGCUCCAGCUGGCGUUCUGCCGCCUGGCGCCGCGGCCCGGCGUGGAGGCCUUCUACCGGGACGGACUGGACUGCGACUUCUGGGCAGAGGAGCCGGCUCCGCCAGUUUCCGCCGACUCGAGUCCGUCUGCUCCGCCAGUUCCCGCCGACUCGAGUCCGUCUGCUCCGCCAGUUCCCGCCGACUCGAGUCCGUCUGCUCCGCCAGUUCCCGCCGACUCGAGUCCGUCUGCUCCGCCAGUUCCCGCCGACUCGAGUCCGUCUGCUCCGUCAGCUGCAGACGUCUCGAGUCCGUCUGCUCCGCCAGUUCCCGCCGACUCGAGUCCGUCUGUUCCGUCAGCUGCAGACGUCUCGAGUCCGUCUGCCCUGCCAGUUGCAGACGUCUCGAGUCCGGCUGUCCCGCCAGCUGACUCCGCCUACCCGGGUGAGCCGGCGCCGCGACAGCUGCCAGGCCAGAGCCGUCCCCCGGGCAGCAGCUCUAGUCCCGCCCGAGACACCGCCCGGCAGCCGGGCGAUGGCUCGGGUGGGACGGCGGCGGCGCCGGACGCCGCUGACCUCACCGGGGACUGGCCGGCGGCACCGGCCGGUCCCAGUGAGGUGGUGGCCUCCGCCUCCGCGGGGCGUGCUGCAGCUGUCAGCGGCGGCGGCGCGGCGGCUGUGGCUGAAGCCGACACUCAGGGCGAGCCGUACUGGGGACGACAUUACCGUCUGAUCGCCGUGGAGCGCUGCGACCGGACGACGGACGACGACGAUGAUGACAUAGAGGUGCUGUACGUGCGCAGUCCGCGCGAGCCGCUGCGGACUCCGAAGCCGGAGCCGGGCCUGUCGCUGGCGGUGGGCGCCAUGGCGCCGCCGGACGCCGAGGGACGACGGCCGGGCGAGCUGACGCCGGAGCCAGGCACGCGGCGCGCCGUGGGCUGGGCCGGCGACAGCGACGGAGAGGUCCUCGACCUGAGUCCCGGCUCCUCGAUCGACCGACUGAGCCUGCCGGAGCUCCGCACACCGGGCAACCAUCUACAGCUGAAAGGCGACCCAGAGACCAAAGAAGCCGCUGCGAAUGUGGCUGACUCAGGACAGGAAACCCGAUCUCAACCGGCCACUUCUACCGCAGGCGAGUGGCAUGAUGGCCAGAUCUCACAAUCGGAAGAUGGAGUGGCCAGCAUUCAUAUCUGUGAUCCGUUACCUCAGGAGGUCACCUUUAACCCCCUAAGCCUGGGGGUCGGUGACCAAUCUCCGAUUGAGGAGGGAGAAAUCACUGAUAUCGCCUCCGAUGGUGACUGCAGAACCACUGAGCCGACUUCCUCAGUCGGCAAGAAGCCCGCCGUCAAGACCAUGGAUGGAGACGACAGCAGUCAAGAGUCCAUUCUGACAGGCGGGGCUUUGUCUUCUAUCGACGAGCAUGCCUUUGAGUAUCUGCUCGGCAGUCAGGAUUCGGACUCAAGCAGCCAAAUGGCGUGCGCUAGCCAGUUGGAUUUGUUGAAGGAGAGCUCCCAGUCAGGCAAUGACUCGUCUGCGGGGUCGGCGGUCUGUGGCGCCGCCGUACCCGACUCUGCCUCGUCCUACCGCAGGGGCAGGGGCCGCAACAAGGGUAUGCGGGGCCGCAACAAGGGUAUGCGGGGCCGCGGCGGCGCUGGCCGCGGCGGCGCCAGUCGCGUUCCGCCCUCUCCUCUGGCCUCCUCUGACCAGUCGAGCCCCGGCUGCCGCAGAGGCCGACCCAGGAAGGCGGCCGCCACGCCUCUUGUCGAGAGGGUGAUCAGUGGCGACCAGGAGGCGCCCGUGGUGCCGACCAUCGCCGAGCGGUUGUUCCUGCGUAAGCGCACGCAGAAGGAGCGUCGCUCUCCGUCCCAGGAGCUGCCGGCGGGCUCGGCGGGGCGGCCGGCCAAUGGAGGGGAGCCUCCUGGUGAGAAAGCAGGUACAUCCGAGAGCAAGACAAAGGUACCGGAAAACAAGACAAAUGAUUCCGAGCCAACAGUCAAGACACCUGAAGGAAAAGCAAAGGCGUUGAAAGAUGAACUAUUGCUGAAAGGUGAAAAACUGUUGGCCGAAAUUAAGGUGACACCUGACGACGAGACUGACGCGUUGGAAGGAAAGACAAAGACGACAAAAGAGAAAAAGAUUAUUAGAGAUACGAGAAAAACGUCAGAUGGAAAAAUAAUAUCGACUAAGAAGUUCGAGACGGAACAGAACAUCUCUGUCCACAAUGGCGAUGGCGACGCCAAAAUGAAGCCGCCAGGAGUCACUUCAACCCAAAAAGGUGACAAGGGCAAGGGGCAGAGCUCUGCUGCUGCCAAAGUGGAGCGUUCUUCAUCAUCCACCGCACUGAAACCUUCGUUCGGUGAGCAGCUUGCAGCGGCUGACCAGAGCGCAGAUUCACGAUCGAACAAAGCCACUAGAAAACGGAUCGAGGCUCCGUCCCCUGAGGCCUCUGCGGCCUCCAAGCGGACCAAAGCAACGUCGCCAAAACUCCUCUCGAAGUCAUCAAAAUCUUCCAAACUGACGGAUCAUCUGAAGAUCAGACCGCUGGACAAGAAGGAUGGUGUACGGAAUCUGAGGAUCUCAAUGUCGCGGUCGGGCAGGGACGGUCGGCAGGUGAAGCUGGCGGGAGGACGCGGCGGCAGCUCCAGGGAGCUGUCCGAGCUCUGUGACGACGAGCUGAGCGACGCUUCCACCACCGGAACCCCCAGCGCCGACGAGGCCGACAAGUCCACCGACAUGAUGUCCAUCCUCAAACGGCUGACGGCGCGCACACUGCGCGGCGACUUCAAAAUCCCCAAACGCCGUCUGGCGGACAAGCCCGCGGAGCCGGAACGACCGGCGUUUGAAAACUUCACCAUCACUGUACCGGACAGCGGCGGCGGCGCCAGCUCUGAGGAUUCGGCGGCGGCCGAUCAACGUCCGCGCCAGCCGAGUCCGGCUCCGGCGGCGACCUCUGACGGGCCGGAGACCGACACUGCCGCCGCCUCCGCCUGA